AUGGCGAUGGGCCCCGCUCUGCUGCUCGCCGCGGUGCUGGCGCUGCCCGCCCCGGGCUCCCCCGUGUCCCCCCCCGGGGGUCCCGGCCCCCCCCGGCUCCGCAGCGGCCGGGCCCCCCCCCCGGGCAGCGGCUUCAGGCUCGUGCUGUGCCCGCUGCUCUGCCGGAACGGGGGGGUCUGCGCCCACCCCCAGCGCUGCCUGUGCCCCCCCCAAUUCACCGGCAAAUUCUGUCACCUCCCCUCGGCCAACGUCACCUCCCGCCGGGGGGGACCCCAAAACCCGCGCGGGGACCCCCAAAAUCCACGGGGGGGGCCCGAAAACCCCGAAAAUUUCGAGGGGGGGUCCCCCCAAGCCUUGACCCGCUCCAUCUACACCCUGCCCUUGAGCAACCACCGUGAGGAGGAGGAUGGUGCGCAGUCCAUGGUGAGCGUCCUGGUGCGCCACCCCCCGCAGGCGACAGUGACAAUCCACAGCGUGGAGCGCGUGCGGGGGGGGGGCGGCGGCGACCCCUCCCCAGCGCCCCCCACCCCCCCCGCGGGCAGGGGGCGACCCCCGAGCCCCCCGCCCAAAUUCCGGGUGCUGGCACAGAGGGGACCCCUCCGGGACCCCCCCGCCGAGGAGAAUUCGGGGUUCGGGUAUUGCUUCCGGCAGCUGCGGGGGGGCAGCUCCCCCCUCCCGGGGCUCCGCACCAGGGACAUUUGCUGCCGGGGGGGGGCCGGGGUCGCCUGGGGGGUCCGCGAGUGUCACCCGUGCGACGGCCACGCCCAGCCGUGCCCGCAGGGAUUCCAGCGGCAGAACGGCUCCUGCGUGGACGUGGACGAGUGCCAGGAGGGGGCGCUGUGCCAGCUCGGGCUCUGCACCAACACCCGCGGCGGCUUCGCGUGCCUGUGCCCGCCCGGCUUCCUGCUGGAUUCAUCCCGAUCCCGCUGCAUCUCCCAGCAGGUGCUGUCCGAGGCCCGCGGUCCGUGUUUCCGGCUGCUGCGGGAGGGCGGGGGCUGCGCGCUGCCCACCCUGCGCAACAUCACCCGCCAGGUUUGCUGCUGCAGCCGCGUGGGCAAAGCCUGGGGGGGCUCCUGCCUGCUCUGCCCCCCCUUCGGAUCCGGAUAUGGGAUUGUUCCUGAGUGCCAGCCGGGAUUCCGGCCCGGAGACGGCGGGGUAUGCCUUGACGUGGACGAGUGCCAGGAGUACGGGGCCGGGCUCUGUGGGGCGCAGCGCUGCGAGAACAUUCCGGGCUCCUAUCGCUGCGUGCCCGAGUGCCAGCCGGGAUUCCGGCCCGGAGACGGCGGGGAAUGCCUCGACGUGGACGAGUGCUCCAACGGGACCCUGUGCGGCGCCCACGCCACCUGCCACAACCUGCCCGGCUCCUUCCAGUGCGCCUGCGACCCCGGCUACGAGACCGCCCGGCAUGGCCACCACUGCGUGGACGUGGACGAGUGCCAGACCCUCCGCGGGGUUUGUGGGGCCGAGCGCUGCGAGAACGUCGAGGGCUCCUUCCUGUGCCUGUGCCCCGAUUCCCGGCAGGAGUUCGACCCCGUCACCGGGCGCUGCGGGGCCCUCCCCACCCCACAGAUCCCCCAAAUCCCCCAGAACCCCCCAGUCCGACCCCAAACCCCACAGAACCCCCAAAUCAGACCCCAAACCCCACAAAUCAGCCCCCAAAGCCCCCAAAUCAGACCCCAAACUCCCCAAACCCGACCCCAAAUCCCCCAGAACCCCCAAAUCAGACCCCAAAACCCCCAAAUCAGCCCCCAAAGCCCCCAAAUCAGCCCCCAAAUCAGACCCAAACCCCCCCAAAGCCCCCAGAUCAGACCCCAAAGCCCCCAGAUCAGACCCCAAAUCCCCGAAAUCCUCCCCCAAACCCCGGCCGGGGAUUUUGGGGUGGCCUCGUGUUUCAGUAGGGCCUGCGGGGUCCUGGCCACGAACGUGACCCGCCCGCAGUGCUGCUGCACCCUGGGGUGGGCGUGGGGGGCUCAGUGCCCCGGGCAGCCCUGCCCCACACCUGGGUGGGCGUGGGGGGCUCAGUGCCCCGGGCAGCCCUGCCCCACACCUGGCACAGAGGCUCACCUGUCCCUGUGUCCCCACGGGCCCGGCCGCGUCCCCGAGACCCCCCAGGGCCCCCCCACAGACGUGGACGAGUGCUCGCUGUUCGGGCCCGCGCUCUGCCGGGGGGGGCUCUGCGUCAACGCCGCCCCCUCCUUCAGCUGCUUCUGCCCCAGCGGCUUCUACUUCGAGCAGGAGCACCUGCAGUGCGUGGACAACGACGAGUGCGCGGCGGCCGAGGCGGAGCCGUGCCUGGGGGGGCUCUGUGUGAACACGGUGGGCUCGUACCUGUGCUCCUCCCCCCCGCUCAUCCUCGACCCCUCCCAGCGCCGCUGCGUGGCCAACGACUCCAGCCCGGAGGGGUCGGUGGCCGUGUGCUGGCAGGAAGUGGGGCCGGACCUGGUGUGCGGGCGGCCCCGGCGCGCGGCGCAGGUGACCUACACCGAGUGCUGCUGCCUGUACGGGCAGGCGUGGGGCAUGGAGUGCGCGCUCUGCCCCGCCCCCCACUCCGACGACUUCGAGCUCCUCUGCAACGUCCUGAGACCCCCGAACUUCGCCCCCCCCUCAGCUCCCCCCCCUCUACGACCCCUCCCCCAAUUUCCCCCUCCCCCCAAUUUCGCCCCCCCCCAAUUCGGGCCCCUCCCCUACGGGGGCCCCCCCGAAUAUUUUGGGGGGCUGCACCCCCAUUACGACCCCUACCCUUUUGGGGGGGCGGGCUUGGGCUACGACCCCCGGGGGGGUGGGGGAGGGGCGGGGGACCCCCUUUACGCCCCUCCCCCACCGCCCCUCCCCCCUCGCUACGAGGAUUUUGGGGACCCCCGGGGGAGGGGGCCCCGAUUUGAGCCCCCGGACCCCCCCCCGGACCCCCGAGGGGGCCCCCCCUGGAACUUCCAACCCCACGGGACCCCCGAGGAGGAGGAGGAGGAGGAGGAGGAAGGGGCGCGGGAGGAGGAGUGCGGGGUCCUGAGCGGCUGCACCCACGGGCGCUGCGUCCGCGUGGGCGACGCCUUCACCUGCGCCUGCGACCCCGGCUUCCACCUGGACCCCGCCCGCCUCGACUGCCUCGACGUGGACGAGUGUUUGGGGGUGCCCCCGCCGUGCCGCCCCGGGCGCUGCCUCAAUACCCCCGGCUCCUUCCGCUGCCUGUGCCCCCCCGGGACCCCCCCGGCGCUGGACCCCCCCCGCUGCCCCCCGCGCCCCCCCCGCGCCUGAAGCCCCCUCCCCAUAUUUAUUGUGUGGGUUUGUUUUGUAUAGAAAAAAAAGUAUCAAAAUAAAUAUAAAGGAAUUUUUUGGGGGGGGUGCUGGGGGGGGGGGAAUUUAUUUCCACCCCCCCCCUCAAAUCAAGCCUCAGCCUCGUGGCUGUGACCCCCACCCCCCCCACAAAAAGGGAGGGGGGAUUUGGGGACCCCUCCCCAUAUUUUUACCGAAUAAAGGUUUUAUAUAAAAAAAAAAUAAAAGGAGUUUUGG